UGAACGUAACCAUUAACAGAGAAACGUGUUUUCAGUCAGUUAACGUUUGCUCGCAAUAGAGAAUAGCAAGGAAAAUAACUACGUUAAAUUUAGCUAGAUAUUUUUUUUAGAUGGUUCGGUGACUAACUUGCGUUGAUUUCUACAGAUAAGUUUGGAAAUGGCUCAGUUAUCAGCGAGGGGAGGUUUCCUGGAUUUUAGUCCCAUCAAGAAAGAAGAUUCACCUGCUGUUUCUUAUGGCAAUAAAGAAAACAAUAGCUCGCAUCCAGUUUUGAGUUUAAUUCAGUUUUCAAGGGCUCCGUUUGUAACAUUUGGAAAUGUAAAGUUGGGAUCUUCCAAAUCAUCAGUUCUUUGCAUUGAGAAUCCCGUUGAAGAUGCAAACAUAGAGGUGGCAAUUGAUAAGAUUGCAUCGACGAAAGGCUUUUCCGUGGAUCAAACCCGAUUUACAAUUCCGCCUGAGGAGCGUGUCAAUUUGACAAUAACUUGGACACCGAUAGAGGAAGGUGGUAUCCGAGAGCUGAUCACUUUCAUUGCCAAUGGGGUGGUCAAACACCAAGCCAUUUUGCUCGGUAGAGCAGACGCACCCAAAAGAAGAAAGAAGAGUCUGUGGGACUCAAUCAAAAGCAAGAAGGCAUUUGACCUAUCAGACCCUCCAAGGGAGAAGAAAAACUCAGUGUCUUCCCUGAAGAUGGCAGCCAACAAGACCUUCCAUGUGUCCCGGACACCACAGUACAGACGGGAGAAGGUUCGCAGCCCUCUUGCCUCACUCAACAAAAAAGCCUGCACACCUGUCGAAGGGCAGAAGUUUAAGCAGGAUGUGUUGGGUCAGUUGAGUUUUGACAAUGUCCAAAAGAACUCACCUGUCGUCAUUCUAGUCCCCGCUGCAAAGCUAAUCGAUUCCUCUGAUGCAGCAGCCAGCUACAGUUGCCCAGUAGGCACACCUGAGUGCAGAGACCUCACCAGACUACUGAACACGACUGUGUCCCCUGUCGGCACUCCAGAGAGGUUUCAAAAGCUGAUGCCCCAUAUUCAGUCCAUACAGAGCCCAGCCCAUGUGAUUGAUGACGCUGUUGCGGACAUAAGCCAUACAGUGUUGGCUGGAACACCAGUGUUGUCUGUGAGGGAUGCACUGGCCUUGAUUGAGUCAGAUCUAACUCAUGUGGUUGGUGCAAGCCCUCCAAAUGCGUGCUCUAGCUUUGAUUUCUCCCACUCCUUGGAGUCAGCAAAUGGAGAGAAGAAUUGUGGCCCUGUUAAAUCUGUGAUUGACAUCAAAGCCCUGUCUGAAAGCCCCAUCAAGUCAGAUCCUGCACAGCCUAGACUAACCUUCUUCAUCAAACCAAAACGUGUUACUGACAAGGAGGGUAGAGUAGAGGUUGGAGAAGAUGUUCCUCAAUCCAAAAAGGUUACUUUCACCUCCACCACAGUCAUCAAAAGCAAACCAGUUCCUGUCCAGGUACGCAGUCCUGGGGUGAGGAGAAUCAAAACCUCCAGGCGCCGUCUCCUGGAGAAAACACUGGAGCUGUCUGGGGACAGUGGCCAUUCAGAGUCAAGCCCGGGUACUACAGUUACCCCUGGUCUCCCUGUCAUAGACUCUGAUGCAAACCAUGAUUCUCCAUUAACUAUCUCCCCACGGGAGGCCAGGCUGCAGGCGCUGGAGUCAGUUUGUUUGGAUGCUAUCCCUGCUCCAGUCAACCUCUCCGUCAGCUCUCCUCUGCCUAUGAACCCCUCCACUGGUGGCCACCAGCACCUUGGCCUGGAUGAUUCCAUUCUAGGUGUCACUCAGCUCCACACAGCACCGAUAGUGGAAUCUCUACCUGACCGGCCAGGCGUGUUUCCUGUUUACAACCAGAGCCAGUUUGACAUGAGGGUUGUGCGGAGCAAAAAGAGGAAGAGCGACGAGUUUCUGAGGGAUGGAGGGGAGAAAGUGGAGGAUGCUGCGGAGAAAACCAUGUUCCAUGUGAAAAAGAGUAGGGUGUCAACAGUGGUAAAGGGACCCAACAGACCAGCUCAGCAGAAGGGGUUCAGUGCCUCCUCUCACAGGCAGCAGACAAAAACAUCAGCUUCUGUGCGUACUAGUUCUGCCUCAUCCAUGAAGGCUACAAAGUCUGUGUCCCCUGCCCAAGCCAAGCAGCCAGCUCCAAAACCUGGCCCGCAAGGUGCACAGAAAUCAUUUGGUGGCUCAUCUGUAAAAACUGCAAAGAUUGUAGCUGUGGCCCAGUCCAAGCUCGCCUUCAUCAAGCCUGGUCAAACAGCCAUACCAAGACACCCGAUGCCGUUCGCUGCGAAGAACAUGUUCUAUGAUGAGCGCUGGAUAGAGAAACAGGAGACGGGGUUUACCUGGUGGAUCAACUACGUCCUCACCCCUGAUGACUUCAAGGUCAACACGGAGGUCACCAAAGUGAAUGCCGUAUCCCUGGCGAUGGGCGGUAAUGACAAAUUUGCCGUCAACAAGGCUCCCACCAAAGAGGAGAUGUCGUUUAGUACUUACACUGCCAGGCGGCGGCUCAACCGGCUGCGUCGCUCCGCCUGCCAGCUCUUCACCUCCGAGCCCAUGGUCAAAGCCAUCCAGAGGCUGGAGUUGGAGGUGGAGGCUAGAAGGUUACUGGUACGCAAGGAUCGGCAUCUUUGGAAGGACAUCGGGGAACGCCAAAAGGUUCUCAACUGGCUUCUAUCGUACAAUCCUCUUUGGUUACGGAUUGGACUUGAGACUAUUUACGGGGAGAUGAUCUCACUGGAGAGCAACAGUGACGUCAUGGGCUUAGCCAUGUUCAUUCUGAAACGUCUGCUGUGGAACCCUGACAUCGCUGCGGAGUUCAGACAUGCCAAAGUACCCAACCUCUACAAAGAUGGCCACGAGGGGGCGCUGUCUCGUUUCACUCUGAAGAAGCUUCUCCUCCUGGUUUGUUUCCUGGAUAAAGCCAAAGAGUCCAGGAUGAUUGAACAUGACCCCUGUCUGUUCUGUAUGGAUGCAGAAUUCAAGACUACUAAGGACCUGCUGCUGGCGUUCUCCAGGGACUUCCUAAGUGGGGAGGGGAUCCUCCCCCGUCACCUGGGUUACAUGGGCCUACUGGUCUCCCACAUCCAGACGCCUCUGGACGAGUUCAACUUCGCUGUCAAGAAUCUGUCCGUUGACCUUAAGUGUGGAAUCCGUCUAGUGCGUGUGAUGGAGCUGUUCAUCCAGGACUGGAGCCUGUCCCGUAAGCUGAGGAUGCCCGCAAUCAGUCGUCUGCAGAAGGUCCACAACGUUGACAUAGCCCUGCAGGUGCUCCGAGCCAGAGGGGUUGACCUCGAGGAUGAGCAUGGUGCUGUCAUUGACUCCAGAGAUAUUGUGGAUGGACACAGGGAGAAGACACUGAACCUGCUGUGGAAGAUCAUUUUUGCCUUCCAGGUGGAGGUUCUUCUGGACGAGGACCAGCUGAGAGAAGAGAUCAGUUUCCUCAAACACACCUGGACCACCAAACAGAGGCUGGCCUCCCUGAGGGCUGACAAAGGUGUGCUGCAGAAGACUGCCAAGCCUAGACCCCCAUUCAAGCACAGUAGCUCAAAGAUCACUCUACUCAUGGAAUGGGUCAAUGCUGUCUGCCAGUUCUACCACUUGAAGGCAGAGAACUUCACGGUGUCGUUCUCAGACGGUCGUAUCCUCUGCUACCUGAUCCACCACUACCACCCCAGCCACCUACCGGCAGACGGCGUCAGCCACAACACCACCCAAACUGUGGAGUGCUCCCAGAGAGGACGAGUUGAACUCAACAGCUCCUCUAGCGACUCGGACAACUCCUUUGACACCAGGCCCACCACACAAAAUGGCCUUGUGUUGCCAUCGAUGGAGUUCAAAGAGCUUCUGGAGAAUGAGAAGAAUAACUUCAGGCUGGUCAACACUGCAGUAUCUGACUUGGGAGGGGUUCCUGCCAUGAUGAACCCUGCUGACAUGUCAAACACUAUCCCAAAUGAGAAGGUUGUGACAUGUUACCUGUCCUUCCUGUGUGCUCGUCUCCUGGACCUGCGGAAUGAGACGCGUGCUGCCAGGAUCAUCCAGGGAGCUUGGAGAAAGUACCGUCUGAAGAAGGAUCUGAAGCUUUACCAGGAAAGGACUGUAGCAGCGGGGAAGAUCCAGGUGCUGGUCAGGCAGUUUCUCCAGAGACGUAGAGCUGUCUGUCAGACCGCUGCAGCCGUCCGAAUCCAGGCUGCAUGGAGGGGCUACUCAGUGCGGAACGCCCUGACACUGAGGAGAAAGGCUCUACUCUGGGCUCGCCAAGUUGCUGCUGCUACCACCAUCCAAGCACAAUGGAAGAAGUAUAUUACCUUGAAAAACUACCAGCGCGUGAGAUUGCAUGUUGUUAAAGUUCAAGCUCUCUGGCGGAUGAAGAUGGCAGUCACUACCUACAGAAGGACACAGUGGGCUGCAACAGUAAUUCAGGAGCAUGUUAGGGCCUCUGCUCUGGCAAGGGAAGAGCGUGAAUGUUACUGCUCACUGAGAUCAGCAGCUAUCAAAAUCCAGAGAAACUAUCGGAGACGCAAGACUCGGAGACUGCAGAGGGAGAACCAUGCUGCCACAGUGAUACAAACUGCAUUUAAGAAAUGGCACGGUGACAAAAUGGCCCGAAGAACCGCAGCUGCCCUGAAGAUUCAGUCUUGCUACAGAAUGCACAGGUGCCUAAAACGGUACAUGGGCACCCAGCGGAGCGCCAUCCUCAUUCAGGCUUGGUGUAGAGGUCAUGCACAGAGACGCAACUUUGAGACACUGAAACUGCAGCAUCACUCUGCCACUGUCAUCCAAAGUGCUUUUAGGGCAAGGACGGUCAGAAAACAGAUGGUGACGAUGAGACAAUCCGCAGUCGUGAUUCAGCGUUGGUUCAGGGCUUCUGUACAAAGAGAUGCAGGGAGGCAACAAUUCCUGAAAAUGAGAUGUGCUGCUGUUACCAUACAGUCCGCUUAUCGUGGACAUACGGCUCGGAGACUACUGCAACAACAGAACCAGGCAGCCACAGUCAUCCAGACAACUUUCAUGAAGUUUGUAGCCAGACAAAAAUUCUUGUCCUUGAAAAAAUCUGCAAUUGUUGUCCAACAGCGAUUUAGAGCCAAGCUAGUAGGGGAGAAAUCAAGGAAAGAAUAUAUGGCCCUCCAAUAUUCUGCAUUGAGAAUACAAGCUAUCUGGAGAGGUAGGGCAGAGAGGAAGAGGCUUGAAAAACUGCAAAAAUGCGCCACACUCAUUCAGUCUUCCUACCGUAGAUAUGUAUUGCAGUCACAGUUCAGGUCAAGAAAGGAGGCUGCUUGGACCAUCCAAAGCCAGUACAGAGCUUAUAGGGCAGGGAAAACGAUUAGAACUGAUUAUCUCCUGGUCAAGAAGGCUGCUGUUACUGUACAAGCCUGGUUCCGUGGCAUGAGAGUUAGGCAAGAGCUGAGGCAAAAACACCAGGCCGCUACUGUCCUUCAGUCAGCAGUGAGAGUCAUUCUCUGUAGAAGACGAUAUGUGUUACUGCAACGUGCCGCUGUAGUCCUCCAGUGUCGGUACCGGGCUCUUGUAGCAAGCAGAACACAGCGAGCGCAGUACAGCCAGCUGAAAUUGGCUACAGUAAAGCUACAGUCUGCUUACCGAGGAUCCAGCGUCCGAAGAGACCUAAGGACGAAACACCAAGCUGCUACGGUCAUCCAAGCUCAGUUAAGGAUGCACAAAGUGCGUCAGGCCUAUCUUGCUGCAAAGGUGGCGGCCAUCGUUGUACAGCAGCAUUACAGGGCCAAUCGGCUCCGAGAUCUACAGAUGCAGUGGUACACCUCAGUGAAGUCCGCUGCAGUUGUGAUUCAGGCAGUGUAUCGCGGUCACAGAGCAAGAAUGGAGGUUGCUAGGAUGCACCACUCAGCCAUGAUCAUUCAGAGGAGGUUCCUCACUUUCAGGGACAGGAAACGCUUCCUUGCUGUCAAAACUGCUGUUCUACUAUGUCAACAGAGAUGCAGGGAUGUGGCCAUGGUAAGAAAAGACCAGAGGGACUAUCUGUUGAAGCUUAGGGCAGCCAUUGCUCUGCAAGCAGCUUUCAGAGGGAUGAAGGUCCGGAAGCAGUUGCAGACUGAAUGCAGAGCGGCCAUACUCAUUCAAUCUCACGUCCGGAAACACCUGCAGAUGGCUCACUAUAAGAGGCUUCAGUGGGCUGUGAACACAGUGCAGGCUCGUUACAGAGCCAACAACAAGAUGAUUGAAGACCGGAAAGCACUGUGCAUAAAGAGGAGGGCUGUUGUCGUGUUACAGGCUGCCUUCCGGGGCAUGCUAUCCAGACAGCGCAUGAGAGAGAUGCGCAAGGCUGCCAGUGUUCUCCAGAGAAGUUACAGGGCGCACUGCGAACGCCGACAGUACCUCUCCUUGAGAUCCUCUGUCCUUGCCAUUCAACAAAAAUAUCGUGCCGCUGUUGCAGUGAAACAGCAGAUGCAUCACUACCAACGAAUGCGCAGUGCCGCAAUCCUGCUCCAAGCAGCAUACAGAGGCCAGAGAGCCAGAAAGGAGAUCAGUCUUCAACAUCAAGCUGCCACCACGAUCCAGGCUGGCUUCAGAAAGCACAGAGAGGAAGUCAAGUUCCAGGCCAUGAAGUUUGCUGCCAUCAUCAUCCAGAGAUGCUUCAGAUGUUACAUUCAAAUGAAACGAGACCGAGACCAGUUCUUGACACUGAAGGAUUCGGCCAUAGUCCUUCAGGCAGCUUUCAGAGGGCGUUGCGUGCGCCAUGACGUUGCUAAGAUGAAGAGAGCUGCUACUGUGAUUCAGGCCAACUUCAGGAUGCACAAGGAGCAGGUCAAAUUCCAGGCCAUGAGAUUGUCUGCUGUCAUCAUUCAGAGGUACUACAGAUCUCACAUUCAAAGGAAACAAGACCGAGACAGAUUCAUAAAGAUCAGAGAGUCUGCCAUUGUCCUUCAGGCAGCUUUCAGAGAAAUGACGGCACGGAAGCAGUUGCAGACUGAAUGCAGAGCGGCCAUACUCAUUCAAUCUCACGUCCGGAAACACCUGCAGAUGGCUCACUGUAAGAGGCUUCAGUGGGCUGUGAACACAGUGCAGGCUCGUUACAGAGCCAACAACAAGAUGAUUGAAGACCGGAAAGCACUGUGCAUAAAGAGGAGGGCUGUUGUCGUGUUACAGGCUGCCUUCCGGGGCAUGCGAUCAAGACUGAGCACUGGAGAGAUGCACAAGGCCGCCAGUGUUCUCCAGAGACGUUACAGGGCGCACUGCGAACGCCGACAGUACCUCUCCUUGAGAUCCUCUGUCCUUGCCAUUCAACAAAAAUAUCGUGCCGCUGUUGCAGUGAAACAGCAGAUGCAUCACUACCAACGAAUGCGCAGUGCCGCAAUCCGGCUCCAAGCAGCAUACAGAGGCCAGAGAGCCAGAAAGGAGAUCAGGCUUCAACAUCAAGCUGCCACCACGAUCCAGGCUGGCUUCAGAAAGCACAGAGAGGAAGUCAAGUUCCAGGCCAUGAAGUUUGCUGCCAUCAUCAUCCAGAGAUGCUUCAGAUGUUGCAUUCAAAUGAAACGAGACAGAGACCAGUUCUUGACACUGAAGGAUUCGGCCAUAGUCCUUCAGGCAGCUUUCAGAGGGCGUUGCGUGCGCCAUGAUGUUGCUAAGAUGAAGAGAGCUGCUACUGUGAUUCAGGCCAACUUCAGGAUGCACAAGGAGCAGGUCAAGUUCCAGGCCAUGAGAUUGUCUGCUGUCAUCAUUCAGAGGUACUACAGAUCUCACAUUCAAAGGAAACAAGACCGAGACCAGUUCUUGACACUGAAGGAUUCGGCCAUAGUUCUUCAGGCAGCUUUCAGAGGGUAUCGCGUUCGACAAGACGUUGCUAAGAUGUGCAGAGCUGCUACUGUGAUCCAGGCCAACUUCAGGAUGCACAAGGAGCAGUCUGCUUAUAGGAGGCAGCAUUGGGCAGCCAGUGUUCUUCAGCAAAGAUUCAGAGCUCAGAGACUGAGGAACUCUCAGUUGGAGAACUACCAUCAGAUGAGAAAUGCUGUGAUAAACCUUCAGGCCUUGUAUAGGGGAAAACAGGCAAUGCAGCUGGCUAAACGGAUGAUGGCAGCCAGGAAGAUUCAGUCAUUUCUGAGAAUGAGCAUCAGACGACAACGCUUCUUGAAGGAAAAAGCUGCUGUUCUGUUGAUCCAGUCUGCCUUCAGAAGACACCAGGCCAGGACACGGUACAACGAAACACAAGCCUCUGCAGUCACGAUCCAAAGAUGGUUCAGAUCAUGCAACGUCCUCAGACGACAAAGGGACGACUACUUGGCCAUCAGAGAAGCUGCUGUGAAGCUUCAGUCAGCCAUCCGUGGAACCCUGGCAAGAAGGCUGGUCAGACGCAAACGUGCGGCUGUCAAGAUCCAGUCCGUGAUACGCAUGUCCAUCCAACGGAGAAGUUAUCUGACCCUGCGAUCCAGCACGGUAAAGCUGCAGUCUCACUGCAGGACUUGGGUGGCGAGGAGGAGAUUCCUGAUGCGUCAGACAGCGGCCGCUACUCUCCAAAAGCACUACAGAGGCCGGCAGGCCCAGAGAGAGCAGCGAUCCCUGUACCUAAAGACCCUGACCAGUGUCAAAAUGCUGCAGGCCAGAGUGCGUGGACACAUCCAACUCAAGAGGUACCAGAAUCUCAAGAGAAGUGCAGUCACAAUUCAGGCAUUUUACCGUGGAAUGGUGGAGAGGCGUCGGUUUCAGCAUCAAAGGGCAUCUGCUGCUAUAAUACAGGAAUGUUUCAGGGCCCAUCUCCUCUGCCGAAGAGAGAGGGUAAAAUACCUGGAAAUGAAGAAGUCUGCUGUUCUUAUUCAAGCAGUGUUCCGUGGUGAUCUUGCCAGACAGAGUGCCAAGAAACGCCAGGCGGCUGUCUCCACAGUCCACCGCUGUAUGCAGACCAGGCAUCUACGCAACAGGUUCCUAGUGAUUCAGUGUAGUGUAAGGGUCAUUCAGUGCAGAUGGAGGGAGACCUUGAAAGCCAGGGAAGAGCGUCGCAACUUCCUGGUCAUGAAAGCUGCCGCUGUUACAAUCGAAGCGUCAUGGAGAGGCCAUGCGACCAGGAAUCGCCUGCAUAAGGAGCAGCGGGCUGCGGUGCUGGUCCAGUCGUCCUUCCGGGGAUGGGUCCAGAAACGGGCGUUCCAGAGACAAAGAGAGGCUGCCCUGGUCCUACAGAGGAGAGUCCGAGCUAUGCAGCAGGCUAAAGCAGAGAGCGUGAAAUACACACGUUUGGAACGGGCUACCAUCACUGUCCAGGCUCACUGCAGAGGUUGGAUUGCCAGGAGACGGUUGAGAGAAGCGGCCUCUGCGGAGAGGAGGGUGCGUUUCUGCGCGGCUGUGUACCACCACCUCUGUGCUGUGCGGAUCCAGAGAGCUCUGAGGUCACACUGGGCUCUGCGCUCUGCCAAGAGACAGAUCACCUCUGUCAUUUUUAUACAGAGGUGGCUGAGAGCACGGAUCCAGAGGCUGCGAUACCUGGAGGACAGGAGGAGGGUGGUCGUGGCCCAGAGGGCAGCCAGGAGUUGGUUAGCUCGCCGCCGUCGCGCCGCCUCCACCAUCCAGCACGCUGCCAGGACCUUCCUCCUCCGUAGGCGGGAACAGAGGGUUCAGCAGGGCAUCAUCAAGGCACAGGCGUUGUGGCGAGGCCACCAGUCCAGAAAGCUCCAUGACAAUCGUAAAGUGGUGUCCAUGAGGCAUCGUCUGCGGAAGGUGUCUGAGGAGGUACGAGAGGAGGACCGGCUGUGCAACAAGACGUCCUGGGCCAUCGAAUACCUCCUCAAAUACAAGCACUUCUCCUAUAUCUUGGAGGCUCUGAAGAAUCUGGAGACCGCCACUAGGCUGUCCCCAGAGUGCUGUGAGCGUCUGGUGACGAGUGGCGCCACGCUGGUCAUCUUCACGCUGAUCCGCAGCUGCAACCGGAGUGUCCCCUCUAUGGAAGUCAUUACCUACGCCAUCCAGGUGCUCCUCAACCUCUCCAAGUAUGACAAGACAAUCGAGGCGGUUUAUGCGGUGGAGAACUCUGUGGACACACUGCUGGACCUGCUCCAGAUAUACAGGGAGAAGGCUGGAGACAAGGUGGCCGACAAAGGAGGCAGCAUCUUCACCAAGGCCUGCUUCCUCCUGAUCAUCCUGCUGCAGGACCAGUACAGGGCUCUGGAAGUGAGGAAGCUUUCCAAGGCAGUUGACCGGCUCCGCAGCAUCUACCGCCUCACUGCACGCAAACACAAGAUGGAUGCCGAGAGGACCGUGGUCAAGCAGAAGAUGGGGGCAUCCAUAAAUGGAAGCUUCAUCGUCCCGGCAACCCCCCGCAAAUCCAAGCCAGUGCCUAAAUUCUCCCCUGAUUGGGUUCUCAGAAAGGACAAACUGCAAGACAUAGUUGACCCUCUCCGAGCUGUACAGAUGGUGGCUGACGUCUUCUCUAUUGUGCUUUAAAUGUACUUAAUUAAAUAUUUUCUUUAGCUUUUUCCAUAGACAUUUUUUUGUAUAAUUGUUUAUUAAAUGAUACGCAUAUGAUUUUAUUUUUUAAAGUUUUUUUUAAAUGUACUCUACGUUGAUGUGUUUUUUUUUUUUUUUUUUAAGCUUGUUAAUGUUUUGAUUCUAUCUAGAAAAAGCUCCAUGAGUUGUCUUUGAUAACUUCAUUUGAUUCAACAAGAAGACAUGAUGCAAGGUGUAUACACUGAUGGUUGGUGGCCACACGGUGGAGGCAUUUAACCUGUAGGUUCAUGGAUUGAAUAAGGGUGAAUUAAAAAACAUGUAGACCUAUUACUAUUAUCCCAUGUUAAUGCUCUAAAAACCUCUGUGGGAGAAAGACGCUAGAAGUCUCCUGACAACGGGUGAGUAACGUGGCGUUUGAAGUAUCUGGUAAUUGAAAGAUGUGAUUUAGAUCUAAUUUGUACAUGCCAAACAGAAAAUAUAUCCCGGAGUGAUUCUUGAAUCCAUUCUGUAAAUAUUUCCUUUGACUGCCUACUGCUGUAAAUAAAACAUCUGAUUUCACCUGAAA